AUGACAGUGGCAAAAGAACUCCUCGAUAAGCGAGGAAGGCUCUAUGUUGAUCGUCCCGACUUCCCAGUUACGCAGGACGUCUUGUCAGGUGGAAACAGAAUCCUUUUGAUGAAAUAUAGCGACAGAUGGAGAAAUCUCCGGAAGAUUAUGCAUCAGCUUUUGAUGGCUGGUAACGCCGAUACGUAUAAGCCCUUCCAAGACAUCGAAUCCAGGGCGCUUUUGUGGCAGUAUCUCCACCAACCAGGAAAUUAUUACCAGCAUGGUGCUCGUUUUGCCAACUCAGUGAUCUUCUCAGUAGUUUUUGGACGCCGAACGAGCAUGGCUGAUAAAAACACGCAGCUCCUGUUCUCUACCAUCGAUGAUUUCAUGGAAUCGCAGACCUCCCCGAGUGCUACUUUGAUUGAACACUUCCCAUGGUGUGCUCGGAAUCUGCCUAAGCUGUUGCAAUGGUAUCGGCCGAGAGCGGAGAAGGUUUUCAAUAAAACGAUUCGAGUCUACGCGGGCUUUCUAGAUGAUCUCGAGCGUCGAGUAAAAGAUGGACAGGACCCUAAAUGUUUUGCUAGAGACAUGAGCCAAUUGGCAGGAAAAUAUGGGUUUGACGACGCUCAAAAGUAUUUCUGUGCCGGGUCGAUCAUCGAAGCAGGAAGCGACACAACACGCAACCAAAUCAACAUCAUGUUGGCGGCAGCAGCUAAGUUCCCUGAGUGGGUUGAAGUUGCUCAGAGACAACUUGAUGCUGUGUGUGGUGCAGCCAAUCGACUACCGGACUUUGAUGACUGGGAGCAGCUUCCAUAUAUUAUUGCAGUCAUCAAAGAAAGCCUUCGGUGGCGACCUAACAUGACUGCAUCUGGAAUGCCCCGCGCUCUGAUCGAAGAUGAUACUUAUGGUCAGUACAAGUUCGAGAAGGGGACUGUCUUCACGUACAACAACUUUGGUAUUAUGCACGACGAAAAGGAGUUCCCAGAUAAUGAAACCUUCAAACCAGAGCGUUUCAUUAAUAGUGAACUUGGCGAGAUGCUGAAGGGUCAUUUGGGGUUCGGAGCAGGGCGACGCCUAUGUCCCGGGUGGUUCCUAGGGACAAGAAACAUGUUCAUUGCAUUUUCAAGGCUCUUAUACUGUUUCAAGUUUGAACAAGUGCCAGGUCAGCCAAUCGAUUGUCUCCGCAUCGACGCUCUUGCACAUGAUCACGCACCGUUUUCUAUCAAGAUUACGCCUCGCAGCCCAGCUCAUGCCGAACUGAUCAAGAAAGAAUGUGCAACUGUCGGGAAAGACCUAGAUUAG